GGCAAGGUGGAGGAUCUCUUUUAUGGUUAUGCACAUAUUAAAUAGCUACAAAUGAUGGUGUCCUUGAAUGUUAUUUAUAAUUUCUUAGUACAGACAAUAUUCUAAGUGUCAGAUUUGCUGGCAUCUAAAGUUGACUUGAUCUAAAAGAAGGAUUAAAUUUUUACCUCCUCAAUGAAACAGAAUAUUAUGCUGUUUCUGAACACAUGAAAGUAGAAAAAUUUCCUUGCUACAACUUCAUCACAUUUUUGUAAGGGAAAAGUUAUUACUGAAUGUUGAAGAUGGAGACUUCUAAGGAAUCAAAUGAAAUCCAUUUGGUUAGUAAUGUGUGUGCUACAAUAUUUAAUACUGAUUUAAUUGUCGAUAGAGACACUUCAGGAAAUGAGAAAUAUUUCAAAUGUGAUAAAUGUGGCGAGAUAUUUCCUGACAAUGGUAAUUUAAAGAGCCAUUUUCUUACACAUGCAAAUGGGAAAAGUUUUACGUGCGAUAUUUGUUGUAAGGUGUUUUCCCAGAAAGAUCAUUUAAGAGAACAUAAUCGUACACAUACAAAAGAAAAAAAAAUUUCUUGUGAUGUAUGCAAUGAAAAUUUUGUUCAGAAAGGUAAUUUAAAUGAGCGUUCUCUAUCUCAUAUAAAAGAAAAGCCUUAUUCAUGUGAUAUAUGCUGUAAAAAACUUUCUCGGAAAGACCAUUUAAAUGAACAUUAUCGAACUCAUACAAAUGAAAGACCUUUUGAUUGUGUUUUGUGUGGUAAAGCGUUUAUUACGAAAAGAGACUUAAAAAGGCAUUGUGUAAUUCAUACAGAUAAAAAGCCUUUCGUUUGCGGUACCUGUGGUAAGGCAUUUUCUCAGAAAAGCAAUUUAAAGGACCAUUACGUUGUUCAUACUAAAGAAAGACUUUUUAAAUGCAGUAUGUGUGAUAAAGCAUAUCCUCGAAGAGAAAGUUUAAAGAUUCAUUAUCGUACUCAUACAAAUGAAAAGCCUUUUGUUUGUGAUAUGUGUGGUAAGGCAUUUGCUCAUAGAAGUAAUUUAAAUGUGCAUUAUGGUACUCAUACUGAUGAUAAGCCUUAUUCUUGUGAUAUAUGUAGCAAAGAAUUUUCCCGGCUAGAUAAUUUAAAUGAUCAUUACCGUUGUCAUUCAAAUGAAAAACCUUUUAUUUGUGAUAUAUGUGGCAAGGCUUUUUCUCGAAAAAGUAAUCUAAAUAAACAUUAUCAUAGUCAUUCAAACGAAAAACGCUUUGUUUGUGACUUGUGUAGUAAGGUAUAUGUUAAAAAAUCUUAUCUGAAUAAACAUUAUCGUACGCAUACAAAUGGAAAAAUUACAUUCGUUUGAUAUAUAUUUUAAAGAA